AUCCAGUCUGGAAAGCCCAGCACCGGCACUGACACAAGCCAAUACCCUAGGGAUCUGAUCUGAUCUGAGCUGAGCUGAUCUGAUCCAUAGAUACCAAAUACAAAUUGCAUACCAAACUAUGGGGGAAACAUGCGGAAGCAAGUCGCAGAUGGCCGGCAAGAUCAGGCUAAUGACCGAGUUCUGCAGCCACUCUAGCCUGGGGCCAGAGGCGCGGAUAGUCAAGCAGCAGGACGUGCACCUGUGGGAGGUCUCGCAGGCAUAUCACGAGCUGAUUGCGUACAUCAACACCGUGAGCACGACGAUUCAGGGCCUGCGGCUGAACGACAGCAUCCCGGUCAGCCCGGCCAUCACGCGGCUGGCAGGUAUCUUCGACCAGCUGGAGGCCAUGAUCCACAACAAUCCCCCCGUCAUGGUGGACAACGCGGCGUCGUUCGCCAGCUCCAUUGAGCAGGGGAAUAAGGCCUACCGCCGGUGGUCGCGCAGCAUGCUCCGGGGCAUCUACCCGAUGGUGGAGAAGGCGGUGCCCGCCAGCAAGUGCCAAUACGUGAACGAGCUGGGCCAGUACCUGUCCGGGUCGUUCGGGAACGCCACCAGGAUCGACUACGGCACCGGCCAUGAGCUGAGCUUCCUCUUCUUCCUGUGCUCCCUCUUCCGGGCGCAGAUCCUGCAGGAGGAGGACGUUGCCGCCUCGGCCCUGGUGAUCUUCGCGCGCUACCUGAAGUUCGUGCGGCGUCUGCAGGUGAUCUACACCAUGGAGUCGGCCGGCAGCCACGGAGCCUACUCCCUGGACACCUUCCAGUUCAUGCCGUUCCUCUGGGGCGUGGCCCAGCUGAGCUACGAGGCCCCCUUCUCGCCGCGGCAAAUGCUCGACGCGGACGUGAUGUCCCGCUACAGGUCGGAGUACCUGCUGAUCGGCAGCAUCGGGCACGUGGCGGACACCAAGAUGGGCACCUUCGCCAUGCACUCCUGCCAGCUGUGGAGCCUGGCCGCCCUCUCCUCCUGGGCCAAGAUCUACCGCAGCUUGCUCUUCAUGUACCUCGACGAGGUGCUGGCCCAUUUCGAGAUCAUGCAGCACAUCCGAUUCGGCAAGCUGAUGCCCUUCAGCGAGGCCGCGAAGGGACGACAGAUGGAGCACGCCAGGCUGGGAGUCAUGUCCCCGCUGCGCCGUCGCCAGCUGGAACUCAAGCCCGAGGAGGAGGGGCGGCAGCAGGCCCCAGACCAGGUCGGGCCUCCGUCCCCGGACUUCGAGGACUCGGAGAGCAUUCUAUCUGCUGGCGCCACAAACACCUCUUUGACCGAUGCGAGUGUCCACCUACGCUUCCCGUCCAAGGAUGAUCUCGAGGCUGCGGACAAACAUUUAUAAUCCCUUCUUUUUGACUAAAAAUAAAAUUGAU